AUGCCUCCAAAAUUCAGGGUUCCUUUUGGUGAACCGCAAGAAGAAACUCAAUACGCAACCCCUCGAGCCACGCAUACAGAGACCGAUAAUAUAUUAGCAGAAGCCGAUUCAACGCUAGAUAGAGAUGAUCUUCUACCGCCAGCAAGCAACAGGCCAACGUGGUCUCAAAAAUACCAGGAAAACACAGCAGAAUCUCGUAAGAGGCUACCACUGAUCUUGAAAAAUAGCCCUUCCCGAACCUUUACAGAACCCAUGAACUCUUCCACACCACUUUCUGGAAUCCAGCAUAAGAUCCCACCCAAAAUGGGCAGGGUGCUUUUCUCACCUACAACAGAGGUAAUUAAUUACGAAGAGAGCUUUGAUAAGGAGAAGCGCAAAAAUGAACGCCCACUGGAAACGCCGACGAAUGCAGACUUCUUCGACAACUAUACACGUCCGUACAUCUUGCUGAUGUACCUCCAACUUUUCUUUAACGUCGUUCUCGCCCUGGUUGUUCUUUACAUCAUAUUCAGCUUCAUAACGACAAUUAGGGCUGAUACGAAGCAUAAAAUAGAACUAGCCACCACCGAUGCUUUGCGUGAAAUAUCCUUGUGUUCAAGAGAAUAUUACAGAAACAAAUGUUCCACCGACAGAAGGACGCCUGCAUUAGAAGUUCCAUGCUUAGAGUGGGAAAAGUGCAUGAAUAGAGACCCUGAGAAGAUCGGCAAGUCGUUGGUGACCGCACACACGUUUGGCGAAAUAAUCAACGAGUUCUUGAAACCAAUUAGCUGGAAGCUGAUAUUUCUUCUUAACCUGAUUUUGAUUGGAAGCUUUAUUGCGACUAAUGUCUUGAUGGGAAGUUUUAGAAGAGAAAACAACUACGAACAGCUUGAUAACCUCAAAAAAUUGAAAGCCAUGGAAAAAAGACUCAGAGACACGGAAAUCGAACUAGAAGAGAUGCGGCGUCACAACUCGGAACUACAAAAGCGAGACCGGAAUUAUCUUACUCAGCAAGACCUCGCAUUAGUCAAUGAUAGCAUCAAUUACUCCCCGCUCAUGGCGAAGCUGAGGCGGUGA